UAAACCGCGUAUUUAUGGACUUUAUUUACAGUUUGUUUACAGAAUACAGUUUCACUCAAAAUAUUAUCAUCCGACAUUCCAACUUCCAAGUUCUAAGUUUCAAACGUUCUCCGUUCUGCAUUUAAUGUUAACUUGUCUCCAGUAUAUUUAUUUAAAAAAAAUGUUUUUAUUUUAUAGAUACCGACAAACAACUGAUGAAUCUGAUGUAAACUGUGCAGCUACAGUUUAGCAAUUCGUAAUAGUUGUAGGGCUAACUAAUGCUAUGCUUAUUGGGACUUGUCUGGUACCUAACUAACAGUAGCUACGUCUAAACCGCUUUUACCCACCAAACUGUUUUGAUCGAAAAAUAUAAUAAUUUUGACACAACUGUAAUUAUGGACGCAGAUGUGGAUUCUGCUUGGAUAUGUACACAAGCCAUCGUAAGUACGGAUAGUCAAUCGGAUGAUGAACAAGAAAAAAUUAAGAAUUAUGGAUACAUUGUCCUAAAUGAUAUGAUUGACAAUGAACGUUAUGUACUAAAAGAAGGUGAUAAUACAAUUGGAAGACAUCCCUUAAAUCAUAUAUACAUUGAACAUCCGUCAGUAUCGAUGAACCAUGCUGUUAUUCAAUGUGAUUCUGAUGGUGUUGUUCUGUUAGAUAAAGGAAGUUUAAAUAAAACUAAACUUAAUAAGAAAACCUUGAGGAAAGAUGUUGCUUAUUUUCUUGAAGAAAAUGCUUUAUUGAUGUUUGGAGAAGUCCAAGCUGAUUAUUUUAUAAAUGAAAAUUCUAUUGAAUUUAAAAAUGAUACCAAAUCAAUGGCACCUGAUAACACUUUUGUACACAAAGCAACUCAAAAUGAUGGGCUUUCCUUAUCAAAAUUGUCUAAUGUAGUCAUCACUCAAAAAUCUUUUAGAACAGACAUACCUAAUGCAAUUUCUGAUUGUAAUGUACCCUUAGUAAUUGAAAAUAAAUCUACAUGCAAGAUAGAAAAAGAAGUUCCCAAAACCAUUACUGGAACUGAAAGUGCCAUGAAUACUCUUAAUGAUUUACACACAAAAUUUAAUUCUUCGAGUCCCAGUGAUGAAUAUUUAUUAGAGGCUCUUAGCCAAGUAGAAACAAAACAAAAUAAUGUAAAUUCUAAUGAAAUUGUUCACAAUUUAUCUAAUGAAGAUACUCAUAUAAUGAAUUUAACAGAAUCCGUGUCCGAAAUAACACGAGAAGAUACUCCUAGUCCUGUAAUGGAUCUUCAAAGUUCCAUUUUAACAAUAAACAAUAUAACGAAAAAUCAAUUUCAAACACCUAACAAAAUUAAUACAGAAUGGAUGCGAGAAGAUACUCCCAGUCCUGUAAUGGAUCUUAAAAGUUCCAUUUUAACAACAAACAAUGUAACAAAAAAUCAAUUUCAAUCACCUAACAAAAUUAAUACAGAAGAGAUGCGAGAAGAUACUCCCAGUCCUGUAAUGGAUCUUAAGAAUUCCAUUUUAACGACAAACAGUAUACCAAAAUGUAUAUUUCAGUCUCCUAGCAAAAUAAACAAAGAAUUAAUUCGAGAAGAUACUCCUAGUCCAAUAAUGGAUUUUGGAUGUUGCAAUGAUUUUGAAAAUUAUCUUGAAACCAAUAACCAUGGUAUAAUUUCAGCCAUCCAGUCCCCAAAUGAAGUUAAUAAAUUCAACAAUACCCAAGUUUUGGAAAUUGAUAACAAUAUUGUAGAAUUAUACACACAUACCUCAAACAACGAUGAAGCCCAGAAUAUUGAAUCUGAUGAACAGUCAAUUAUUCCAAUUAAAAAUUGUUUAGACAUUAGCAGUAAAGACAAUUUAUCAGGUUCAAACAAUAUUAACUUAUCUACUAAUGGUCAUAAUACUGAUAAACAUAAGAUAAUUGUUAAUACUUUUGAAGCAGAGGAUGAUGAUGUAUUCAGACAUUUUAUUGAAAAUGAAUGUAAAUCUCAGCAACAUGAUCGGGCGAUACUUGAAAAUCAAGAUUUUUUCAACUGCCCCACUCAGAAAAUAUCAAUUAAAAAAAAUAUACAACCAAAAGUAACCUCUUCAAUACAUGAUAAAGAAAUAGAAAACCUUAUAGAUCACCCAAAAUUACCCAAAAGUAAUGCAAGUGCGUCAAAAAUUAUACAUGAUGAUUUAACUCAAGUCCCCGAAAUGGAUGAUGACUUUUUCAACUGUGCUACACAAAAAUUAUCAACAUCUAAAAAUAUAUUUCCAAAACCAAAAGUAUCUUCUACAAUACAUGAUGAAGAAACACAAGAACUUUUAGAAUUUUCAAAAUCUUGUAAAAGUAAUUCAAUUUUGUCAAAAAGUUAUUCCACCAGUAUACAUGAAAAAAAUACUCAAAAUCCCAAUAAAGAUGAUGAUUUUUUCAAUUGCCCUACACAAAAAUUAUCAACAUCUAAAAAUAUAUUUUCAAACACUAAAGUAUCGCUUUCAAUUCAUGAAGAAGAAACACAAAGACCUCCAGUAUUUUCACAAUUUGAAAAAACAAAUAAUAUUGCUUCCAAUAAUUAUUCCACCAAUAUAGAUAAAGAAUUAACAGAUUUUCCUGAAAUGGAUGACGAUUUUUUCAACUGUCCUUCACAAAAAGUAUCAACUGCUAAAAAGGUACGACCAAAAGUAACUACUUCAAUACACGAUGAAGAAACACAAGAACUUUUAGAUUUUUCGAAACCUUGUAAAAAUGAUUCAAUUUCGUCAAAAAGUUAUUUCACCAGUAUACAUGAAGAAAAUACUCAAAAUCUCAAUAUAGAUGAUGAUUUUUUCAAUUGUCCUACACAAAAAGUAUCAAUUACUAAAAAGAUAAAUCCAAAACCAAAAGUAUCUUCUUCCAUACAUGACGAAGAAACACAAGAACUUUUAGAAUUUUCAAAACCUUAUAAAAGUAAUUCAAUUGUGUCAAAAAGUUAUUCCAACAGUAAACAUGAAGAAAAUCCCAAAAUAGAUGAUGAUUUUUUCAAUUGUCCUACACAAAAAUUAUCAACAUCUAAUCAGAUAAUUCCAAAAUCAAAAGUAUCUUCUUCAAUUCAUGAAGAAGAAACACAAAAACCUCCAGAAUUUUCACAAUUCGAUAAAACAAAUAAUAUUAAUUCUAAUAACUAUUCCACCAAUGUAGAUAAAGAUUUAACAGAGGUUCCUGAAAUGGAUAUUGAUUUUUUCAAUUGUCCUACACAAAGAGUAUCGAUUACAAAAAAGAUAAAACCAAAAGUAUCUUCUUCGAUACAUGACGAAGAAACACAAGAACUUUUAGAAUUUUCAAAACCUUGUAAAAGUAAUUCAAUUUUGUCAAAAAGGUAUUCCACCAGUAUACAUGAAGAAAAUACUCAAAAUCCCAAAAUAGAUGAUGAUUUUUUCAAUUGCCCUACACAAAAAUUAUCAACAUCUAAGAAUAUAUUUCCAAACACAAAAGUAUCUCCUUCAAUUCAUGAAGAAGAAACACAAAAACCUCCAGAAUUUUCACAAUUCGAUAAAACAAAUAAUAUUGCUUCUGAUAACUAUUCCACCAAUGUAGAUAAAGAUUUAACAGAGGUUCCUGAAAUGGAUAUUGAUUUUUUCAAUUGUCCCACACAAAGAGUAUCGAUUACAAAAAAGAUAAAACCAAAAGUAUCUUCUUCGAUACAUGACAAAGAAACACAAGAACUUUUAGAAUUUUCGAAACCUUGUAAAAGUAAUUCUAUUUCGUCAAAAAGUUAUUCCACCAGUAUACAUGAAGAAAAUACUCAAAAUCUCAAUAUAGAUGAUGAUUUUUUCAAUUGUCCUACACAAAAAUUAUCAACAUCUAAAAAUAUAUUUCCAAACACAAAAGUAUCUUCUUCCAUACAUGACGAAGAAACACAAGAACUUUUAGAAUUUUCAAUUUUGUCAAAAAGUUAUUUCACCAGUAAACAUGAAGAAAAUACUCAAAAUCCCAAAAUAGAUGAUGAUUUUUUCAAUUGUCCUACACAAAAAGUAUCGAUUACUAAAAAGAUAAAUCCAAAACCAAAAGUAUCUUCUUCCAUACAUGACGAAGAAACACAAGAACUUUUAGAAUUUUCGAAACCUUGUAAAAGUAAUUCUAUUUCGUCAAAAAGUUAUUCCACCAGUAUACAUGAAGAAAAUACUCAAAAUCUCAAUAUAGAUGAUGAUUUUUUCAAUUGUCCUACACAAAAAUUAUCAACAUCUAAAAAUAUAUUUCCAAACACAAAAGUUUCUCUUUCAAUUCAUGAAGAAGAAACACAAAGACCUCCAGAAUUUUCACAAUCUGAUAAAACAAAUACAAUUACUUCAAAGACAUAUUCCACCAAUAUAUAUGAAGAAAAUACUCAAAAUCCCAAAAUAGAUGAUGAUUUUUUCAAUUGUCCUACACAACAAGUAUCGAUUUCUAAAAAGAUAAAUCCAAAACCAAAAGUAUCUUCUUCCAUACAUGACAAAGAAACACAAGAACUUUUAGAAUUUUCGAAACCUUGUAAAAGUAAUUCAAUUUCGUCAAAAAGUUAUUCCACCAGUAUACAUGAAGAAAAUACUCAAAAUCUCAAUAUAGAUGAUGAUUUUUUCAAUUGUCCUACACAAAAAUUAUCAACAUCUAAAAAUAUAUUUCAAAACACAAAAGUUUCUCUUUCAAUUCAUGAAGAAGAAACACAAAGACCUCCAGAAUUUUCACAAUUCGAUAAAACAAAUAAUAUUGGUUCCAAUAACUAUUCCACCAAUAGCCAUGUAGAUUUAACAGAAGUUCCUGAAAUAGAUGACGAUUUUUUCAACUGUCCUACACAAAAAGUACCAUGUAAUAGUAAUUCUAAAUUCUCAACAGAUUGUAAGAAACAUGAAUCAAUUCCUAUAGUUAUUAAUGAAGCUGAAACUAAAGACUUAUCAAUACAAUCAAUUUCAAAAAUAAGUUUGCCUAAUAAUAUAAAACAGAAUAAAAGAAAUAUUGUCAAUUCUACGUCACAAAAAGUGCUAACUAAAGUUCAGUCAAAAUCAAUUUCAAAUUGUUCUAUAAACAUAAAUGAAGACGUCACUAAGAACCCUGAACAAUUUGAUGGGACAAACAGUCAUAAAGAAACUGACAAUGAAGAUAGAUGUAAGGUUCAAAAAUCAAAGCUUGUCCAGUCUAAUAUAAUAAGCCUAUCAAAUGUCCAAAUACCAGUUAUGUGUAAUGAGUACUCCUCAAAUAGUUUAAGAACUAAUAAACCAAAAAUUCGGGUUAGAGAAGAUCUACAUAAUAUGUCCCAUUCUGGUAGUUCAAGCAAUAAUUCCAUGAUCAUCAUAAAUAAACCUAAUAAAAAAAGUGUAUUUAAUAAUAUAAAUACUACAGUGCCUUUUAAUAAAAACUUUGAUACACCUGGUUGUUCAAAAACUGCUAUCCAAAAAAAUAAUCCAAACGCAUCAGCAUCUACUAAGCAAGAAUAUUUUAUUGAUGAUUCUGAUCAUUCUCAAGUAUCUAUUUCUCUUAAAUAUAAUAACCAUUUGAAACAAAUAAAUGAAUCCAUAUUUAGUCCUUUAAAUAUACCUGAUGUAAGUGCAAACUCAUUGUUAGAAGAUCAUUCAUCUCCAAUAACCAUUGAGAAUAAUUUAAACGCCUUAAAAUGUGAACCAUCUACUUCUAGUAAUGAUGCUUUUAAAUGGAAAUCAUUUUGGAAUAAGAAAAAAAUACAAAGUCAGGAUAAAGGAAAAAGUAUCAAAAUCGCACCUGAAGUUAAGGAAAAUAAAGAACGGUACCAGACAAGAGCAAUAACUAGAAAACGAAAGCAAAAUGGCAUAGUAGAAAGCAACAAAAAAUUAUGCAAUAGGAAUAAUAUAUUAGAACCAUUGGUUGAAAAUUCAUCAGAAAUUGUUGUUAGUUUUAGUUAUCUGAAGAGUCGUCACCUGCAAGAAAUGAAACAAUUUGUUGAAAAAACAGGUGGGAUGGUUACAGAUGAUAUUACACAAUGUACAGUAUUGGUAACAGACAAGAUACGGUGCACAAUGAAAAUACUGUCAGCAAUAGCCAAAGGGUGUCCAAUAGUUAAUGCGAAUUGGCUGAAACACUCUUACACUGUUAAAAUGUUUCAAGACGUUGACGAUUUUAUAAUUGCGGAUAAAGAUGCGGAAAGAAAAUACAACUUUCAGCUUAAGAAGUCGUUAGCCAAAGCCAAAACCAAGAGACUCUUAGAUGGAUAUAAUGUAUUGGUUACUCCAUCGGUGAAACCUAGUCCCCAAGAAAUGAAAGUUAUUAUAACUUGUGCUGGUGGCAAUUUUGUCUUAAACUGGACAACAACACAAUACACGAAGGAGUUGAUUGUGACGUGCGAUAAAGACCGUACUCGAUGGAAGCCAGCGUGGGAUAACGAUUUAGCCAAAAUAAUUGACAGUGACACCCUUGUAAUGUCCAUUAUUAGACAACAAUUGACUAUAUAAUGUUAUAGGUUACUUCUUAUUAAAAGCUGUAUAAAAUGAAAUGUGUAUAGUCACUUGUUAAUCUUCUCAAAAUUAAUAUGAUCCUCUAUUAUAUUUCAACCAAUUAAAUCAGUACUAAUUACAGUGAAACCUCUAUAUAGUGGACAGUUAUAAGAAAUUAUAGUUAAGUGCUAUAGGAAAAAAUUGAAAAUACAAAAAUCAUA